GUUCAAAUUGGCAAUCAUUCAGGUUGAUUGUAUUAGUUAAGACGUUCUAUCUACAAAACCAACAUUCUAUGUAUUAAUAAAAACACUUCGUUUUAUACUCAAAAUCUCAAGUUAUUUCUAGAAGGAGUACCUACCAACUUUUCCUCACACCAGCGACUUAUACAGGAUACUAUUAUCUAAAGAAAUAUUGGGAAUAAAACCAGUAUUUCUUCAGUAAGAGAAAAAGUAUGCGGUUCCAACCUACCCCCCAACCUAAUCACAAACCAGUUUCUUUACUGUCUAAUCAGUUCCUAAGUCUAAAAAAGAACGAAUAGUCAAGACAUGCACAAAACGAAAGUGAGUUAGUAAAUAAACAACAACCAACUCAGGAAAUUUCGUGAUUAUAAAUUUUCCGAUUUACCCUCGUAUAUACCACGUCGUCCAAUUGACGUUUUACAUGUCAUCAUUUUUUUACAUUUCAUACUCCCAAAAUUUUUAGUGAAAUCUUUAAAAAUGCAUUCCUCAAAAAGGGGAGAAAAAUUAAACAGAUAUAACGCAGAUAGCAAACCAAGCACAUUCUAUUCAUUUGUAGAAAAAUUCGUCGCACCAAACUGGUCUAACGUUUUACUGGCUGUCCUAACUGGGUUUUGUGUGAAGGAUUACUAUUUCGAAAUUACUGGCAAAGAUAUUCAGCACUAUGCAUAUGCUUCUUAUCUGUUAACUAUAGCGAACUCUUUAAGUGGUUUACUUAAAUACACAAAUGACGAUACCUACAGUGAUUUGCGCAUCCUUUUAGACUAUGCACAACAAGUUAUAUGCCUUCCAAUGAUAGUAACAGAUUUUUUGCUCAAGUACAACAUAGCUCCCUUUGAAAUCGCCAUAAUCCCUACAAUUCUAUCCCUCGUGACCCUAUUUAUGUUUGUAAUAUUGGAGUACAAACGUCAAGACUUGACGGACUUGAACAUGAUCCUUAGCCUGGCAAUAUAUUCGAUUUGUGGUAUGGAGUAUAACUUAUACGCGUGCAUAGCAUCCAUUUUCAUAAGCAUCGGUUAUUUCGGAUUUAAAAGAAGCGAGGGAGUGUGUAUAAGAAAGGCUCAUCAGUAUAAUUUGUUAAUGACAGGUUUUGUCUUCUUUUCGUUAUUGUCUAUGGAUACGGGUAUAUCACCUGAUAAAAUGUACGCUAAGCAGCUGCGAGGCUGGUGAUCACUUUAAAUAAACUUUAUAUUUUCAA